UUGCAGUAGAGAAGCGACACUCCCAUCCUGCACCGUUACAAGAUCCUCUCUCAGAGUUUCCACAUUAAAUAUCAGUGCUGGAAGAGCAGAGGCCAAAUAUACAGGUGAAGAUGGUGAUGCACAUUGACAAAAAGAGUACCUGCCAGUCCACUGACAAUAAGGCCGACUACUGUGUCCACAACAAAGCAUGGAUGAAAAUAACAGGCCCCACAGCUGCGCUGUUUGGGGACGUUUUCUUUGGAUCGAGUGUUAUAGGUCAACCAGAACUCACGGCUGCAGGAAGAGAAGAAGAAGUUAAAGUUCCAAAAGUCACGGCUGACAGGAGACAGAUUGUGGAAGAACACUCUGUAAACGUAAGUGUCUAUAAUGCGCCACAAGGACAUGGAGCAGCGGGAGUGAAACCAGAGAGAGUGGCAGCAUCAAAGGUGAUCAUCAAAGGAACAGAUGGAGUUCAGAAGUCCAUCAAAGUGCUGAGAGCCUACAGGAUCGUCCUGUUGGGAGAAUCUGGGGCUGGGAAAAGCACCCUGGGAAACUCCAUCUUAGGAGAGGAAGUGUUCGAACCUGGCAGAACGACUGACUAUCAAAUUCAGUCCAAAUCUGCCCACGAAAGGAGAAUCACUGUGUUGGACACUCCUGGUUUCUCUCAUUUUGACCAACUUGAGGCAGAGCUGAAGGAUGAGAUAGCGAGGUGUACCUCAAGGUGCAGUCCCGGUCCCCAUGUUCUUCUGAUUGUGCUGAACGUAGAGGAAUCCUCAAACCAACAGGCGGCUGUAAUCGACAAAAUCUGCCAGUGUCUUCCAGAGGAAGCAUUCAAAUAUGCUGCAGUUGUUUUUACUCAUGGCCCUGAUCGGAUGACAAUUGAAAAGUAUAUCAAUGAGAAUCAACGUCUUAACGAUUUGGUAGUGAAGUGCAGUGGCCGAUAUCAUGUAGUUGAUCAUAAGAACAGCCCAAAGGGUGACGAAAACGACUCCCAGGUGUCACAGCUGAUCAGCAUGAUGGAUAAGAUAGUGAUAGAAAACAAAGGAGGGUGUUACACCAACAAAAUCCUCCAGGCAUGUCAGAGAGACAAAAAUAACACAAAAUCAAGCAACCCAAAACAAUCAAACAACAACAAAGGUAAUGCCAACAGCAACUUGUGGAUUAGUUUGUCAGGCCCUGAGGGGAACUUGGUGGCAGAAGCUUUCUUUGGGCCAGAUGUUGCAAUUUGGCAAAAAACACAAACAUCCACCAAGACUGAAGAAUGCACUACUAGUAAACAGGGGGAAUAUGAAGAACCAUGUUCUGAACCGAAAGGGAGAGCUGAAGAAAAGUGCGAAGGGCCAUCUCAAACAAACUCCUCUCCAAAGGAGGAGGAAGAGGAAAAUGAACCAGAAAGAGAAUAUAAUGACACAGAAACAAACAAGCCAUCAGAUAUGCCAGGCAGGAGGAAGAAAACAGAAGGGCCAGGAGCUCCAAGUUUUUGGAAAUUGUUAACUGGUUUCAUUGGGGGGCUAUUGGGAGGUUUAGGGGCAGUUGCAUCAAGUUUAAUUGGGGGGCUAAUGGGAGUUAUAGGAGCAGUUGUAUCAAGUUUAACUGGGGGGCUAAUGGGAGGUAUAGGAGCAGUUAUAUCAAGUUUAACUUGUGUGGCAAAAAUAAUUGCAGGUAUAAUGUCUUUGGCUGGAGCAAUAUGGCUCAGCAUAUGGGUCAAGAAAAUCUAUGACAAGAUCAUGGCCCUUUAUGAGUGGAUCAAGAAGAACAUCGGACUCAUCCUUCUCUGUGUGGCUUUUUACUUCCUGCUCUUCCUGUCGUUUUUUGACAGAGUACCAAUGGCUGGAACCAUUUUCCUAUCAAGUGGAAUAUUGGUGAUGUUUUUGGUCGUACUGUUGUUAUUCACUGUCAUUAUGAAACAAUGACAGUUUGUGACUCUGCAUUCAGUUUAAUGUAUUGGACCCAAAAUCUAAAGACAUGGAGACGUAACUGUUGUGUUUUAAGAUGUGUAAUUGUCUUCACUGAAUGUGAGGAUUUUAAAAAAGAUCUCCGAACAUCAGCCCAACCGUUACUGGUUUAUAAUGAACCCAUAAUCAAUGCAUCUGUGUGACAAUAUGUUAAUUCCUUAAAGGAUAUUUAGGAAUGGAAAUCACAUCAGUCUUAGGUGUUUUAUAUAGGAGAUCUUUGGUGCCUAUUUAUAUAUCAGUAGAUAUUUUAAUCAUUCUCAUUACCAAUAGUUUAUUUCCGUUAAUCGCUGGACUCUGUCACGUUUCCCCUUUUGUCUUCACCUCUGGUCAUAAAUUUCUGGACAGAAAUUUGAACUUCAGGCUGGUUUUCAGUUUGAUGUUGUUCUUUCAGUCAUUAUAAUAUGAUAAAUUUGAACACAUGCUGGGUUGGUUUGUGGUAAAACAGAGAGAUUGAUUUUUAGGGGAUGUGUCUAUUGCUAAUUUGGUUGGCUAAUGGCAAGAAGGUUCUGGGUUUGAGUCCAAACGUUGGGGUGUUUCUACAUGGAAUUUGCAUGUUCUUCUUGUGCUUGUAUGGGUUCUCCCCAAGUACUCCAGCUUCCUCCCAGAACCCAAAAACAUGAUUGUUAGGUUAAUUGAUCUCUAAAUUUCCAUUAGGCAUGGCUGUGUGUGCAUGAUUAUCUGCUCCUAGACACAUAAAAAGUGUGCAGGAGGUAUUUUAGACAUAUCAAACCACAAAGUCUCUGAAAUAUAUUUACAUGAGAUUAGCUACUCAUGUAAACUGCUGGUAUUUGUUGAUUGAGAGAAAAUUUAGAUGAAACUCCCAAGACACUUUGAAUCCACUGUAGUUAUCAUGCCAGGCCACUAGAUGGCACUGUGGUUUUAAUCAUAAACACUGGUUAACAAAAUGUUCUGACACACCAGCUAUGUGUGUGACAACCUUUGGCAAAGCAAUAGAGUGUAAAUAAAAUAUAAUUUUAUUCGUUUGGUAUGUGGGGUGAAGUUUCCCAGUGCUGGACAUGCUAAUGCUAAGCGAUCUUGUGCCAACAUUUAGGAGUAAGACUUUGUAUUUGUGUUAAAUACCAGACCGUGGGAAGGUUUCAACUUUGCUCAGCAGCAGUUUGGUCGCUUAAAUUCGCUUUUCUGAACUUUUUGUUUCAAUGUGAUUUGAUUGUUGAAGAUCCACAUGUGCAGACUGUACAAAGUGAGUCAAGGUGUGUUGUUGUUUUCAGGACUUGUUUAAUGGAAAGUGAUGUCUGUUUUUGUUUUUUGACAAUAACUUUAUAUUUUUUAUUUUUAAACUAUUUGUCUUUUAUAGAACAUUGUGUCAUUUCAGCUCUGUAACCAGAUUUGUUAAUUUGUCUCGUCUAAUUAAAUAAACUCUAACUCCUGUCUGGCUGCC